CAAAUUCCGAAUACGACAAAGUGGCUCAGCAAUUACCGGAGUACGCGGAAGUGACAUCCGCGCGAGCUAAUGCCGUGGAUUGGAAUACAAGUAAAACUGCAAGUUCGCCAGCCGCGUAUGCGUCGGUCACAUUGGUAGCUAAUACCAGGCAAUGUGUGAGUUCAUUGGGAUGGUUCCCACCGAGCGGAAAGAACGUUGAUUCCUUUGACAAUCGGUACGCUCCAGACGAGGAAAUGUAUCCAGCUAGUAACGGCGGAUACUACAAUCGAAACGUUUAUAGUGAGAAAUAUUUCCAAGGCCAUCCAAACGUGCUCAAAUUUUACGACCUGCCGUCUUUAGACAAGACGCAAAAGGCUCAACUGAGAUACAACCAGAGUUUAGAAGAGAGGAAAGUAGACAAGAACGUAAAGGCUGACGCAACGCAGUCAUUAAUAGGUCGCACAUACGGAAUAAGUUCGCGUAAAAAUUCUGAAUCGGAGACGACGUAUAGAGCAUUUGGCGAAGAUGAAUCAGACGACGAAAACUAUACCGAGGAUGGAGGUUAUGACGAAUUGCAAGCGAUGCAGCCGCAAAGGCAUAGACCUCAGCACCAAUACGAGCGUCCGAACUUCGACAAUGAUGGGACACGUACGCUUGCUCGCCUCACGUCCUUCAGACAUGGUCGGGGGUGA